CCAGGUCUCUUCCUUUUUUGAACUUUCUGUGCAGAUGCAGCACACUUCAUUUCUGCUCCUUUUCUGAUGCACCCAAGAGGAUGUGUUGCAUAUUCAAAGUCGGCCUCGUUAUCCUGUUCUUCUUCACUUUUCCAGAUGUUUCCUUUUCACUCUGGCAAGUCAAGCAGUUUCCCGAAUCUCUGGCAGCACAGAAAGACAGUGAAGUCAUCCUAAACUGCUUUGUGACAGGAGACACCACACCCAGUAAAGUGAAAUGGCACCGACAGGACAUCGUGAAGAAAACACACGUCUUCUCGCAGCGGCCUGAGGCCCAUGAGAGCAAUGACCCCAGAAUGGACUGGGCGCUGAAAUGCCACACUAUCAAUUACGCUUUACACAUCACCAACAUCACCUUUACGGAUACAGGCACGUAUUACUGUGUGGCAUAUGGCGGUGGUGAUGGCAAGCUGCACAAUAUCUCUGGGAAAGGAACCUACCUGAGAGUCAAAGGAAAGACUGGGACAAUCAUUGGACCCGCAAGACGAGUAAAAGCGGGCAACGUCGUGCAGUUCAUUUGUGAAGUCCAUGACGUCGAUGAUUUUAAAUUCAUCUGGCUGAAAAACGGCGAAGCCAUUUCUCAGGAGCACUUCAAUUCGACAAGAAAUGGAAGCCUGCACACCAGCUGUCUGUCUCUGCAAACUGAGAGAGAUGACAUCCGGUCGGUCAUCCAGUGUGGGAAGGAGAGCCGUGAAAAUGAAAGUCUGUCUGCAGCGUUCAACCUGAGCUCUGUACUUACAGUGAUGCCACAACUAAGCCUUGAAAGAAGCACAAAUGUUACAAGCACCACCUUUGGCAAGUACUUAUGCAGAGUCGAUGGCUUUUACCCCGAAGACAUCCAAGUCACCUGGACCCUUGGGAAUCACACAUUCCCAUCCUGCUGUGAGAAGAGCUGGAGCCACACGGACGGCACGUUGAGCACAAUCUGCCACAUCCAUGUUGACUUCAGGAAGCUUACCUCGGCGGCAGUGCUGCAUUGUCGUGCCAGUUACUGUCUUCAGUGUUGCCCAAAGGGAGCGGGCAGAGUCAUGACCUAAGAGGGUGACCAACAGUGCCGGUGGCAUGUCUGACUCAAACUGUAACAAGACGUGGCUUACACGUCGAAAGAGUUAGCCGGCCGGCCUUUAUCGUUAUUAAUCUGCUAACAAUUUUUGAUGCUUUAAUAAACCUGUUAAUCCUUAAAUAGCUGACAGUGCAUUCAGAAAGUAGCCAACCCCUUCGUUUUGUGCUCACUUUACUGUCUUGUAAAUUUAAUU